GCGCGAGGCCUGCUGGGGGAUGUGGUUCCCCUCCCGGGCCACGGGCUGCUGCUGGCCCUGAUGGUCGGCGUCCAUGGCUUCCGCGGGCAGCAGCAGCCUCAGCCUCUUGGGCGCUGCCGGGGAGGCAGAGCGGCCGCACCCGCGGCCUUUCCUGAUCGGAGUCAGCGGAGGCACCGCCAGCGGCAAGUCAACGGUAUGUGAGAAGAUCAUGGAGCUUCUGGGUCAGAACGAAGUGGACCACCGCCAGCGGAAAGUCGUCAUCCUCAGCCAGGACCGGUUCUAUAAGGUGCUCACGGCAGAGCAGAAAGGCAAAGCCCUGAAGGGACAGUACAACUUUGAUCACCCAGAUGCGUUUGACAACGAGUUGAUGCAAACGACCUUGAAGAAUAUUGUGGAUGGCCAAACGGUUGAGGUUCCAACUUAUGAUUUUGUGACGCAUUCCAGGCUUCCUGAGACAACGGUGGUCUACCCAGCAGAUGUGGUCCUUUUUGAGGGGAUUCUGGUAUUCUACAACCAAGACAUCCGGGACAUGUUUCACCUCCGCCUCUUUGUCGACACUGACUCGGAUGUCAGGCUUUCUCGGAGAGUUCUUCGGGAUAUGAAGCGGGGAAGGGACCUGGAGCAGAUCUUGACCCAGUACACGACGUUUGUCAAGCCUGCCUUUGAAGAGUUCUGUUUGCCGACCAAGAAGUAUGCUGAUGUGAUUAUCCCUCGAGGAGUUGACAACAUGGUUGCGAUAAACCUCAUCGUGCAACACAUCCAGGACAUACUUAACGGUGACAUCUGCAAGUGGCAACGUGGGACGAUGAAUGGACACGGCCGCUCAUCCAAGAGGCCUUUCCCGGAACAAGCUGACAGCAGUCCUCUGUUAGUUCCUGGCAAACGGACUCACCUGGAGUCCAGUAGUCGCCCUCACUAAUGUGGCUGGAAGACCCUGCCUCCUUCGCACCAGCUAGACUCUGGAGAGGUGCCAUGGUAUCCCUUUGGGGUGUAAAGAAUCUGUGCACUCAGGUGGAUUAUGGCCCUUUUGGGGCAUUUGUACAAACGUCUUUCUUUUUUGGCGGGGAGAUGGUCCCUUCAGCAGAGGUAAAUGUGGUGGUGGUCUUUCUGGCCCUGUCUUUGUUAUAGGAAGGAAGCAGAUUUAGCUUCCCCUUGCAGAAGCCAGUGAUCUCUGCAUUUAAAAUGGUUCCUCCACCCUUUGUUCUCCUAUCAGCUUGGACAGUAACUUAGCCGGUGCUUGUAAUAGUGAAGUGUACGUUGUCCUCUUGUUAGUAGGGCUGCUUUUAGUGAUCGAUUUUAAAGUGUUUUUAAAAGUCACUGCCAUUUCCACUUGAAGAUUUUUGUACACAAAACAUUAUUUUGAGAAGAGGGUUAGGGUUGUGAAGGGACGGCUUCAUCAUUAUUCCUUCCUUGAGGUGUGUCGGAGGGUGCUGUUCAGUUCCCAAAAGUUACAUUUGCUUUUGAGUUUCCCCCACCUUAGAAGAUCAAGCUAGCUUGUUUCCUAACCUUGAGACAAGGCAAAGGGGAAGUGAUGAAAAGUUUGCCCUCUGGGUUCUCCAGCACCCAAAGACUCGCUUCUCAUAGGGAGCGUGGUUUGACUUGGUAGGAAUUAAGACUUAGACUCUCUUGUGAUCGCCACACUAUUUCCAAACACACGGGUGACUUUUUAAAGCAAAGAAUAAGCCCUGUUUUAGCUGGUCCGGCAAAAGAAAAUCAGCAGUGCCCUGACGUUGGUGCAUGUGGAGUGUAAAUGACACUGUAGGGAGCAAGCUGGGGGGUGAAAUUGAAGGCCACGGUAGAGUCCUUUAUUCUUGACGUUAAAAAUGCUUUUUGUAUCCAAAAGGAGCGCUGGUGGGGGGAAAGCGGCAGGAGGGGUAAGUGCACCCUCCCCCACCCUUAAAAGAGCCCCCCCCUCCCGUGUUGAACCACGAACCGCCCCUCCGAACGGGUUUGCAGGCCUGCAAACCGGUCCGUGCACAUCCCUCAGAUCUGGUGCAAGGAGGCAGCCGGCUAACUGCAGCAGGGCUGGAGCAACUUCUGACUGCCCCUUUCCCGGAAGCCCUCUGGAAAUAGUUUCCAGUGCAGCACUGCAGUUAGUCGGGAAGAGCCGUUUUGCCUGCUGCCCCGUUUCCACCUUGCCCUGGAUGUCAUCCAGCAGGACUGACGUCAGAGUCACCAGGCAUAGGUUUGCACUGUAAAUCCAUUGACACCAAUGGAACGAGUUAGUGAUGGCCAACGCAAACUUCCAUUGCUUUCGUGCUGAAGUUAGGCACCUAGGGCUUGCUAACUUGCCUUUUCAGUGUCGUGCAUCUUACUGCUUUUAGUCGGGCCUGGGAACUUCUUGCUCGGUACUCCCCAGCUAGCACUUCUGUCCGUCUCCUGUUGCUUAAGCCCCAUUUCUCCUGGUGGGGGCUAGGCUUGCUUCUGUCUAAAUGCAUUUGGGCUUAAAGAGCUAGAAAUUGGGUUUUGGUGGUGUGGAAGCAUAUUUUGGUACUGCAGUUUUUGUGUUCUCUCUGGGUUUGCAGUAAAGGCUGUGAUGAUUCGGGGGUGGGGGGGGGAAACUAGUUUGUACCAACUGUAAAUUUUCUAAAGCAGAACCGACUCCAUCAGUUUGCUUGUCUUUAUUAAUAAACACAACCAAAUAACAAAGUGCCACAAA